AUGAUAUUUCAUGGUAGUCUUGGUGUACAGUUGCCUCAAUACAAUUCACCUAAUCAAUCUGAUCAUCGAGACCGACUCGGUCAACAAUUUGAUUUGUUGAAUCCUUAUACAAAUUAUACCAAUUCUUCAUGGCAGCUUCAUGGUUUAUUAGACGCGAACACUGACAACAAAGCAUUGGAGGAUCAACAUCAGAACCAGAAUCAGAACCGACCGACUGGGUGUUCAACGGCUUCUUCCAUAUCACUACAUAAUACGGCGUUUUCCGGCGCAUUAAUUGCGACAAUGCCUCAAAAGCGAAAUGCUUCCGGUGAACCCAAUGGCUCAACUGCUCCUGUUGCGAAGCAGAUUAAAUCAGAACAACAUCCAGAAGAAUUCUCAAAUACGGUUCGUAAGAUACGAUGCGAUGGAUUACCUAGUGGUUGUUCGCCAUGUUUACAAAAUAAUACGGAAUGUCGGACGACAGAUAGGAUAACUGGUCGCGCCACAUCGCGGGGUUAUGUUGAAGGAAUUGAGCAACAGAAUCGCGAUCUGCAACUUCGAAUUCAAGAGCUGGAGCAACGAUUGUUGCAAAGUGGCGCUGAUAUAAAACCAACCAACGGAUUUCACGAUUCAGGAUCCGGUCAAUAUGGAUACGGUCAAUCUUCUAAUGGGAUGCAAUCAUCAUGGAGUUCGGCAGGUUCAGCAUACACUUCACCAACUUCAAUAAACGUGAAUAAUGGCCAGCAACAAGAGACCAAUAUGUUUCGUGCUUUACCUGCUUAUCGAGCUGGAUGUAUGGGCGAUAAUUAUCUUGGAGUAUCACCUGGAAGCUCUCAUCUAAGCGCGAUAAAAGGUACAGCAUUAUCGAUUUUAGGUAUGGAGAUUGACAUUGCGGAUUUUCGUUCUAUCGAUAUGGAUGAACCGGAUUCCUCAGUUUUUCACCCUCAACUUUACAACAAAUCAUAUCAAUCCUUUCUUCAAUCGGCUUGGAAUGUAAAUCCAAGAAUUGACAAGGUUGAAUUGCCAUCCCGUUCAGACGGUCUCACCUAUGCCCAGUGGUAUUUUCGUGUCAUCAACCCAUACUGUCCCCUCCUUCACAGAGGUACUUUUAUGAGAUUGUUGACUCGGAUGUACGAUGAUCCUACCUUUCGCCCAACUAUCGCCGAGAACGUUAUUGUUCAUAUGGUCUUCGCUAUUAUGUUCUUCCAGUAUGCGACUAGAAACUGGGAAGAUGUUGAACAACAAGCGAACUUGAACUCCCAGUCGAAUAUGCACUACCAUUACUGUCUUGGCAUGUUUUACCAGCUAGCAUGUAGUCAUACAGCACAAGAUGUUCAAGCUUUAGCCUUGAUUUGCAUGCAUCUUCGAAACUUCCCCAAGCCGGGCGCAAGUUGGAUGCUUGCCAGAAUGGCUAUGACUCUUGCUAUUGAACUUGGGCUUCACCGAUCGAUGAAAAGAUGGGCCCCUGAUUCGAAUACGCUUAGCGAACUCGAAAUCGAAAUGCGUAGACGAACUUUUUGGGUUGUCCUAACUGUUAAUGUUACCCUUAGUGGAAAGCUUGGCCGCCCAAUGCCGCUACGGAAUGAAGAUUAUGAUGUUGAAAUUCCUUCACCAAUCGACGAUGAUUACAUUCCCGGUGAAGGUGUAGAGUCACCUCACCCAAUUAAAUGUAACCACGAGAUUGGUAUCCAAGCUUUCAAGCUUAUACCAUGUUAUCUGGAACUAUAUUCAACUAUUUAUUCAAUAUCCCGUCGGCCAGAUACUUACAUUGCAACUGUCAAUAAAUUAGAGGCCAAAAUCCGUGCUUGGAAGGAAGAUUUACCUUUCCAGCUAGUGAAUGGAGAGUUGGGACAUAACGAACAAGAAGGACGAGUAUUCGCUCUCUAUGCUCAAUCUUGGUCUCAAGAAUUUCGUCUUCUUCUGCGUCAUCCAUCAGUAUCUAUGACAACAGAUCCCGAUUUCAAUGCCGAGAGCAUGAGAAUAUGUGUAGAGUCUUCUCGGCAAAUGUUAGGAGUUGUCCGCCAACUUCAGAAGUACAGAAGUCUUGACACGACUUGGUACAAUACUUCGGUUUAUGUCAUGGCACUUACUACAACAUUAUUCGCUCAGUGGGAGAAGCGUGGCGGGAUAUCGUCAGCUGACUUUGCAGCGUUGAGAGAAGAAAUGGACAUAUGGUUGGACAUCAUGGGGGAUAUAGGCUCGCUGCUUGGUUCUGGAACACGACUUAAAAAGGCCGUCCAGGUUGUCACUGACGGAACACUCGGUCUAUUGAGCCGAAAUUUACCGAUCAAGAACGAUAAAAGUUAUGUUUCGGCCAACACGCCCCAGGAAGAGAUGAGACCUGCAGAGCAAACUUCGAACACCAACGGUAACAAUGGUUAUGCAGUGACAGCUCAGAACUAUAAUUACACUGAGCCUGUUUCUGCUAGUGGAAGUGCACCUGCACCUAGCUACCCAUCUUCCGAUGGUCAGAUGUCUCAUCAACAAACACCAUACCCAGCUGCAACUCAAUAUUCGCCAUAUCUCGAGUCAGCUUCCAAUACUUCCGAUUUAACAUAUGCUCAGCCCGAAAAUCAAAGCUAUUCAGGUUAUUCGGCUCCAACUACGGAUUCUGUAGAAGCACCAUUAAUCGCUGCAUUAGCUGCUCAGGCAUCUCAGGUCGCUCCUAACACAUGGCAUAGAAAUUCAAUACAAGUUAAUACAGCGCCUACACAAGCAUGGCAAAAUUGGACAUCUACUAUAACGGGCAAUCUCGAACCGCAAGAAUGUUACUCGGCAAGUGCUUUGAUGCAACUAGGGGGGAGAGAUCUGAGUACUGGUGAUGCGACACAAUUAAAUUCAUCGAUAGGUGAAGUUCAAAAUGGAGGUGUGGGUGAACAGGGACAUUUGGGUGGACAAGUUUCGGGGGCUAUCGCGGGUGCGACUUGGCCACUUAAUCUUUUUGAUAUUGGUCCUAAUGGUACGGCCGGUUGA